AUGCCCUACUUUGGUUACACACUCUGCCCACCGCAGACCAGCCGACACGGCGCUCAAUCACGCCGCAGGAGCGACCGGGGGCGCACGGAAGCCAAGAGAAGCCGUGCGGUUACCCAGCCCGACAACACCCCUCCCGCCCUGAAGCAAUGUUUCAGCUAUAAAACUGUGGUUGUAAACAUUCUGCCAGCAUCCGGUCUACUGAAUAUCUUUUUGGAUAUUCAGCUGUAUGACAGCUCUCUGAAAAAUGGAGUUUUUGCAGUGUCAGAGUUGCAAAACAGAGUUGCUGUCCUUCCUGAGGUUUUAAGUUGCUUUAAUGUUAUCCUAACAUUUGUCUGUGUGUUGAUGAAGGAAUCUGCAGGAAUUGCUCCAAUGCCAUAUACACUGCAAGUCUAUCGGGAAGCUUUGGAUGGAAGAGACCCCUCUAAUCCCUUGAGGAGAGAAAAGAGGCAGGUGCAGUGUCAACUAGGACAAUACCUACAUCCCAGAGAGACCCACUGCUGCAUGAGGUGCCAUGCAGGUACCUACAAGGCAAAAGACUGUGAUCGGCCUGACCAGGCACCUGUCUGUCUUCCAUGUCCUAAUGGCACGUUCACAGCUGUUGAUAACACCAUGUCUCAGUGCUUCCCCUGUACAUACUGCCGUCGAGAUUUCCGGCAGAUAGUAGUGAGUCGUUGCACCCCAAAGCGAGAUACUGUAUGUGGCUGUCGGAAGAAUCAGUAUCAGAUUGGCCUGUUAGAUCUCUUUGAGUGCAGGGACUGCAGUUCAUGUGUCAAUGGAAGUAUUGCCAUUGUCAACUGUUCAAAGAACAGAGACGCAAUUUGCAAGUGUAAACCUCAGUUCUUCCGGACACUCAGUAAUGUUUGCAAGCCUUGCAGCAGCUGCGUGGGAGAAGAUUGCUUGCAGUGUCAUAGUCCAGUGGCUACCUCACCGACUUCUUCUGGGCUGAAUGGCAGCCUUGUCCUUGGCAUCAUCGUUACAAUAUUUGUAGUUAUCUCUUUUCUCUACGUUAUAAAUAAAGUAGUGAAAUUGGUCCAGAAAAAUGGGACAGCAUCGUCUUUCUUCUCCUGUGUUCCUUUGCCCCAGACAACCAAGGAGGCACCACCUGAGAGUGAGGUAAAAAGACGUGAAAUUUCCAUCCUUCUUCCUGAGUCCCAGAAAGAAACACAAUUGUUAGUGAAUGCAACACCAUCACCUGAACCUCCGUCACAACGUUCACAGGAGUUUUCAGACUCUGUCAGACCUCCCAGGAAGGCACAGCUUCCAGACAGCCCUGCUAUUCUCUACACAGUGGUGGAUCAUGUACUACCAUCUCGGUGGAAAGAGUUUGUGAGGCGCCUGGGUGUGAGUGACACUGAUAUAGAGCGAAUUGAGAUGGAGCACCGGCGUCUACGAGAUGCCCAGUAUGAAAUGCUUAGACUGUGGAAACUGCAGAUGGGCCAUGCUGCAACUCUGGAGCACAUCAGCUGUGUUCUCAACCAGAUGGAGCUGAGUGGCUGCAGUGAAGCUAUUCAAGAGUCUUUGCUAAGACAGAACUCUCUGCAACCUUGCAGCCUUCACAGCCACCUUUAA